GUGCUAGACAAUUGGAGUCCUAUUCAGAAAAUAAUUCUAUCUUCCUAUUUUUUACAGAGGUACUUUUCAAUGUUUCAGGUCGUACGUUAAGAUCUUUGAUCCACACGCGACUGCGGGCGUGGAAGGGGAGGAAUCUGGAAGGGUGUCCCACAGGGACACUUCAGGGUCAAUUUGGGCAAAGUUGUCCUCUUCGUCCAAACUGCCGAGUUACCUGUGCGAUGCUGGCGGAGUGGAGCUGUAGCGCUCGAGGGAAAGGGCGUGGUCCGUCCCAGAGUUUUCGGAGAGGGGCGUGGCCCGCGCAGGGGCGUGGCCUCCAAUGGCGCGUCGUCGAGGGGCGUGGCCUCCCCGCGGGCCCGGCGGCCCCAGCCGGUUUUCCCAGCGGGUGAGCAACGGCGCAGCUGGGCCAUGGCGGGCGGCGGUGCAUCCCGACGGCCGCUGCACUCGGAGCAGGCGGUGGACGUGGCCUCGGCCUCCACGUUCCGGGCCUUCGAGAUACUGCACUUGCACUUGGACUUGCGGGUCGAGUUCGGACCGCCGGGGCCGGGGCCGGGCAGCCGGGGGCUGAGCGGCACGGCGGUCCUGGAACUACGCUCCCUGCGGCCCGAAGGCGCCACCGAGCUGCAGCUCGACUCGCACCCGUGCCUCGAGGUGACGGCGGUGACCCUGCGACGGGAGCGGCCCGGCUCGGAGGAGUCGCCGGCGGAGUCCGUGCCCUUCCACACGCGGCCCUUCUCGCACUACGGCCAGGCUCUGUACGUGGCCUUCCCGCAGCCCUGCCUGGCCUCGGAGCGCUUCCAGCUGGUGCUCAGCUAUCGCGUCGGGGAGGGACCCGGGGUUUGCUGGUUGGCUCCAGAACAGACAGCAGGAAAGAAGAAGCCCUUUGUCUAUACCCAGGGUCAGGCUGUCCUAAACCGGGCCUUCUUCCCUUGUUUCGACACUCCAGCAGUGAAAUGCAAAUAUUCAGCUCUUAUUGAGGUCCCAGAUGGCUUCACAGCUGUGAUGAGUGCAACCACCUGGGAGAAGAGAGGUCCAAAUAAAUUCUUCUUUGAGAUGCGCCAGCCCGUCCCUUCCUAUCUGAUAGCUUUGGCCAUUGGAGAUCUGGUUUCGGCUGAGGUUGGACCCAGGAGCCGGGUGUGGGCAGAGCCCUGCUUGAUUGAAGCCGCCAAAAAGGAGUACGACGGGGUGAUAGAAGAAUUCCUGGCAACAGGAGAGAGGCUUUUUGGACCGUAUGACUUGCUCUUCAUGCCCCCUUCCUUUCCAUUUGGAGGAAUGGAGAACCCUUGUCUGACCUUCGUCACCCCCUGCCUGCUAGCAGGGGACCGCUCCUUGGCUGAUGUCAUCAUCCACGAGAUCUCCCACAGUUGGUUUGGGAACCUGGUCACGAAUGCCAACUGGGGGGAGUUCUGGCUCAAUGAGGGCUUCACCAUGUAUGCUCAGAGAAGGAUCUCCACCGUCCUCUUCGGGGCUGCUUAUACCUGCUUGGAGGCUGCAACGGGCCGGGCUCUGCUGCGGCAGCACAUGGACAUCACGGGAGAGGACAACCCGCUCAACAAGCUGCGGGUGAAGAUUGAACCAGGUGUUGACCCAGAUGAUACCUACAAUGAGACCCCCUAUGAGAAAGGUUUCUGCUUUGUCUCAUACCUGGCCCACUUGGUGGGUGAUCAGGAUCAGUUUGACAGAUUUCUCAAGGCCUAUGUGGAUGAGUUCAAAUUCCAAAGUAUUGUAGCUGAAGACUUUCUGGAAUUCUACUUGGAAUAUUUUCCUGAGCUGAAAAAAAAGAAAGUGGAUUCCAUUCCAGGUUUUGAGUUUGAUCGAUGGCUGAAUAGCCCUGGUUGGCCUCCCUACCUCCCUGAUCUCUCCCCUGGGGACUCGCUUAUGAAGCCGGCUGAUGAACUAGCUGAGCUGUGGGUAGCCACAGAGCUGGACACACAGGCCAUUGAAACAGUGGCCAUCUCGACCUGGAAGACCUACCAGCUGAUCUACUUCCUAGAUAAAAUCCUCCAGAAAUCUCCACUCCCUCCUGGGAAUGUGAAAAAACUUGGAGAGACAUACCCAAAGAUUUCAAAUGCCUAUAAUGCUGAGUUGCAGCUACGAUGGAGCCAAAUUGUCCUGAAGAAUGACUACCAGGAGGAUUUCUGGAAAGUAAAGGAGUUCCUACAAAGCCAGGGAAAGCAGAAGUACACUCUCCCACUGUACCAUGCGAUGGUGAGUGGCAGCGACGUGGCCCAGACCCUUGCCAAGGACACUUUUGCAUCCACUGCCUCCCAGCUUCACAGCAAUGUGGUCAACUACGUCCAGCAGAUCUUGGAGUCCAAGAGUAGUUAGAGGCUCCUGGUCUCUGCCUUGUCAGCCUUCGUGGCUUUCAGAAUAACUGUUCCCAGAUUCCAGUUCUCCAGGCAGUGACCUUAAGUUUCUGUCCUCUCAGGAUUAUCUGUUCUCUGGACUUAGGUGCCUCUGCCUCUUGUGCCUCUGCCUCUUGUGCCUCUGCUGUGGUGGGAACUUCUGGCUCACUGAGAACUGAGACCUGAAGUUCUUCCCACAGCUCCCCUCCAUGCAGGCUGCUCCCUUGGUGAAAAUAGUCUGUCUCUCCCUCCUUCCCACUCAAGUCUCUGGGGAGAGGCAGAGAAUUUUUCUUUCUUUUCUUUUUUUCCUUUUUUUAAAAAUAAGUGUUUUUCAACAAAAAGUAGGUAAAUUGGAGUUAGCAAUUAAAUGACUAUUAAAUUUCUUCUGCCUUGGAUUUCUUCUGUGUGUUUGGAGAAGGUCACUGGGGAGACCUGAGGAAUGGGUGUUUCCCUGUCUUUAGGGAACUGCCAGGCUGAAGAAGGUAGCAGCCCCACACAUGACUGAAAAAAAAUACAUAGCCCUAUGGUGUGGCUGUUGCAGGGAACACGUACAAGUGGAU